UGGUGUUUAUGAAAUGAAAACAUGGCUUCUGCAAAUGCGAGUGUUUUAAAAAACACGGAGAAAAUAAACGGUGUUAAAAGGAAAGCGGAAAUGCAGAUGAUUUACUGCAGCGUGUGUAAAAUAUUCCUAAACUCUAGUUCGCAAACAGACGCUCAUUUCGCUGGAAAAAGUCACAAGAAGAAAGCUACAGGACUCGGACAAGAUGCGACUCAGGGGGAACUUUCUUUGGAAUCUGAGAGUUUUGUUGCGAAGUCAAGCAACAUUAAUUUUCACAAAUGUGAAGUUUGUCAAAAAAUGUUCAAUUCCUCAGUACAACUAAGAGACCACAUGUCUGGAAAAGUACACCAACAAAUGGCGCAAAGCAAACUGGAAAGUAGAUCUGUUGGUACUGUGUACCCAGGAACAUUGGACCCAGGAACAUUUACUCCAGGAACUAUUCUCCCAGGGAGUGACAGUACACAUACUCAAAAUAAAACAAUUGUACAGAAUACAACAAAUGAACUGGCUGAACCAGUCAAUCUGAGUACAAAAGUUGGGAAAAACCUGUCAGACUUGUUUCACUGUGAAAAAUGUAAUAUAACACUGAACUCUAAGAAACAACUGGAACAGCAUAAUAAAGGAUUGCGGCACAAGAUUAUCAUUGGUGAGGCAAAGCCCCCUGGAGUAAAUGGUGAGAAAUGGGAAAACGUGCGAUUCUCAAAGAUUUCAAAUGCGAUUCUUGGGAUAAACAAGGACACUUCAACUGGCAGCGGAGGAGGAAUGAAUCUGCGGGAAUUUCAUUGCGAGAAAUGCGACAUCACAGUCAACUCUCAAACACAACUUGAUCAGCAUCUUGAAAGCAAUAAACACAAGAUGAGGGGAACGCAACUACCACACAGUGAGCAGAAAAGAAGAAAACAGAUUACUGUAACAGAACAAGUAGGUAGGAACACACCUAAAUGGAAAAGCGAGGGACCCAUGCCUUUAUCCAACAACUUCCUUCAUAGUAACACAUGCAUUCCACCUGGAGGGGGUGCACCUGUGUACAUAUUACCGUCAGUUCCAGAUCCUUAUCGUACAACUGACAUACAUAACUGGGAUGCGGGAACUUUUGGUUUCAAUACGGCAAUGUUUUAGCACUCCAAAAAAGAUAUGGGAGGUGGAGUUAAUCCGUCAAUACUGAUAAACCUGGACGGCCUAUUCCCGCAGUCAAAUGUAUGGCAAUAGAUUGAGACAAUUUAGUGUUCAGAUGAGUCACUCUACAAAAAACUGCACGACUGACAAUCUCGUUCCCCAAGAUUCCUCUGGUGGGAAAACAAAUAAUUGAAAAUCGAAAUGAUUCUGAUUUCUCAAUCAUGCUGUUUCAAGUUUGAAAUAGAAAAAACUGUUUUACAAAGUGGAAGCCAGGAUUUGUGGCUUCCAGUUUGGAUUAUCUCAGAGCCUUUGUUUUCUCGCCAGAGGAAUUGAAGGUUCGGGGAACGAGAUUGCAACAAUUUGUUGUUACGUGUAAUUUGAACAAAGAACUAUAAACUGUUGCUG